AUGGUUUGCUGUUUUGGCAAAAAAGAUGAACGAACCAAAACCAUUGAGAAAGAACUACACAAAGAACGAAAAAUCAUGAGAAGACAGAUAAAUCUACUAUUGCUAGGAUCUGGAGAAUCUGGAAAAUCAACAUUUGUGAAACAAAUGCACAUUAUUCACGGAGCCGGAGAAUUCACAGCAGAUGAAGUUCGAGCGUACAGGCAGCAAAUUUAUCAGAAUGCAAUCAGUGCCAUGAGAGUGUUGCUAGAUGCUCGAAACAAGUUAGGCAUUGCAUGGGAAGAUCCGAAACGACAAGUUGAGGUGGAAAAAGUAAUGAGAUUCACUGUUGGCGACUUACUCAAAGGUAUCGACUUCACCACUUUUGUAGAAGUGGCUCCAAUUAUCAGCGAUUUCUGGAACGAUGCAGCUAUCCGAAAGACGUAUGAACAACGAAACCUUUUCCAAAUUAGUGACUCCUGUCAAUAUUUCUUCGAGCACAUCCCUCGUAUAGCCAUGCCAGAUUUCUACCCGACCAACCGAGACAUUUUAUUCUGCCGAAAGGCGACACGUGGAAUUUCUGAGCAUAUUUUUGAGAUUAACAAGAUUCCAUUUAGAUUCAUCGACGUUGGUGGACAACGGUCACAACGUCAAAAAUGGUUUCAGUGCUUCACUGACAUCACGAGUAUUCUGUUCAUGGUGGCCAGUAACGAAUACGAUCAGGUGAUUCUUGAAGACAGACGAACAAAUCGAGUGGUCGAGUCGCGGUCUGUUUUCGAAACAAUCGUCAACAACAGAUCGUUCUCCAAUGUUUCGAUUAUUUUGUUCAUGAACAAGAAUGAUUUGUUGCAAGAGAAGGUACCGAAAUCGGAUAUUAGACAGUAUUUCACAGAUUUCACCGGCGAUCACACUUUGGUCCGUGACGUUCAAUUCUUCCUUGUCGACAAAUUCGAAGCGUCCAGACGGGAUCGUGCUCGACCAUUCUUUUACCAUUUCACCACUGCCGUCGACACUGAAAACAUUAGAAGAGUAUUCCGAGAUGUUCGGGAAAGUAUUCUGGAGCAGAACUUGAAAACUCUCAUGAUGCAGUGA